GCGGGACCGAGCACGGCGGCCGGAUGGAGGACGACGAGGAGGAGAUCACUGCCGCCACGCUGCGGGGCAAGCCCCGGCCGCCGCCCAUCUCGGCGCUGUCCGCCUUCAGCUACGUCCCGCCGCGGCGCCAGGACCCCAAGGAACACAGCUACUACUACCGCCAGGGCAGGACCGGAAUCAUUUCCCUCUAUGACUGUGUUUUUAAGAGGAACCCAGGUUAUAAUCAGAAAUUGCACCGAGACGACAGAGAACAUGCAAAAAGCCUGGGACUCCACGUUAACGAGGAGGAGCGCGAGAGGCCAGUGUGGGUGCUGACGUCUUCCGUCUACGGGCGGCGCAUCCACCAGCCUGUGGAGCCCCCGAACCGGGAUCACAGCCGCGCCGGCCAUGUGAAGGCCGACUUCUACCGGAAGAACGACAUCCCCAGCAUCAAGGCGCCCGGCUUCGGGCACAUUUCUCCGGCCUGACGCCCUCGCAUGGCCCGAAGGGCGCGGUCGAGAGGGAUGGCCCUGGGGGUGGGGGGGGCGGGAGGGGGGGACGCGGUGUGACGCCGGCCUGAGGGCCCCCGUGUGGACCUCCCGGGCCAGCGGGCGCCCCUGAUGGGCCCCCGAUGCGCUGGGGCCGCGGGAAGGACCGCGCAGGGCUGCUUCGCGCACGUUUCCUUGGCGACCAGCCUGGCCAAAGGCCCGCGACUCUGCGGACGGACACCUACCUGGUAUGACGGUUGUCACGCGACCCGAUUUCAGAUGGAAUGAUGCUGGAGGCUGAUCCAUUAUGAGCCUCUGAACAAAAUGAAAACCUUGCUCCGCCUUGACCGCGGCUGCGCUGGUCUUUGUUCGCUCCGCUCCGCGCCUGCGCGGCUUCCUGG